AGAGAGAUGGACGUGAGCAGGAGGAGCGAGAGUGACUGGCAGGGGAUGAUCAGCGAGUUUGUAAUUUGUAAGCGGAAGUUGGAGAGCAAGAAAGAAGCUCUUCUGAUUCUGUCUAAAGAGCUGGACACCUGCCAGCAGGAGCGGGAUCAGUACAAACUGAUGGCCAACCAGCUUCGUGAGCGGCACCAAGGACUCAAGAAGAAGUACAGGGAGCUCAUUGAUGGAGAUCUGUCGCUGCCUCCUGAGAAACGAAAUCAAGUAAAUUUAGCCCAGCUACUGAGAGACUCCAGAGAAAAAAGUAACCAACUUUCUGAAGAGGUGAAGGAGCUGAAACAGCGACUGGUAGAAGCUCAGGGUGAUAACAAGCUCCUACGAAUGACCAUCACCAAACAGAGGCUGGGAGAUGAGGAGGUUGGCGCUCGACACUUUCCAGCACACGAGCGAGAGGAUCUGGUCAAACAGUUAGAAAGAGCUGGAGAGCAGAACGAGGUGCUGGAACACAGCGUCAAAUCUCUGACAGACGAGCUUCAGGAUGUACAAGCGGAACGGGACGUGUUCCAGCAGAAAGCUCAUCGUCUUAACAUAGAAAUUAAUCACAUUGUGGGGAAUGAUGAGAUUCGGAUUUUGGACAUAGAUGCGCUCUGCAUGGAGAACAGGUAUUUGCAUGAAAGGCUCCGUCAACUUCAAGAAGAGGUCAACUUGCUCAAAACAAAUCUGUUGAAGUACAAGAGUGCCCUGGAGUGCAGGAAGAACUCUAAAAUCUGUGGGAAACCCAACAGCAGUGCACUCACCGGAGUGCUCUCCGCCAAACAAGUGAAGGAACUGUUAUUGUCUGAAGAAAAUGGCUGCAGCUUGCCCGUGACUCCUCAGUCCAUCUCCGACCUCAAGUCUCUCGCCACUGCCCUGCUGGAAACCAUCCAUGAGAAGAACAUGGUGAUUCAGCACCAACGCCAAAUCAACAAGAUUCUUGGAACUCGAGUAGCAGAACUGGAGAAGAAACUAAAAACACUAGAAAUUUCUGGAUUAUGGAGCCUUCCAGGAGGAAAAGACGCCAUCAUUCUGAGCUCUCAGCAGGCUGAGUCGCCAGGUUCUGAUACACAGGAAGGGGAAGAGGGCUUCAAAAAUACACCUGCUGAUCAGCAGAGCUCACCAGACGUCGUAAACCAAGACAGUGAAACAGCAGCUGUGUCGGCUGGUCAAGAGGAACUUCACGAGGAGUCGCCAUCCAGUGAGAACCAGCAGAUCUACACAUCCCAGCCUCAGACAGAAACGCAAAACGGUGAAGAGUAUGAUGACAGCGAGGAGUCACCGAUAACAAUGGUUUUAACGGACUUAACGAGUCACCAGUCAACAGAUGAGGAAUGCCACUCAGAGCAAGCUUCAGAGAACUCCAACCCAAUGGAAGGAAGAGAGGAUGAUAAACACACCGUUGGUACUGAAACUGAGUGCAUUAUAAUAGAGGAAACCAUUGAUAGUACAUCAACCAUUACUGAGGAGCAGGAGGACGUCCAGUCACACCAGGAGACAGAGCUUUCUGACGGGGCAGAUGUUGGAGUUAGUCAGGAAAUAUGA